GGGUGCGCGCGUGUGUGUGUUCGGGUGGGUUGAGGUGGAUGACGAUCCGGGUAUACCUAUACAUAUCCAUACGCCGUGACCACGCUACCUAUAUAUAUAGAUGUAUAUAUAACACGAUAUAAUACAUAGAAAAACGAUGCGACCGUGUCAUCGCGGUCGCUUUUCUAGACACAAUUUUCGCCCGUCGGUCGAGCCGCACAAUCACAGUCAUUCCGACAGCGGCAGCCGUUCCGAUCGGACGCGCGCGCAUCACGUGCGACAUGAUCAAAAUAAUAUGGUAAUAUAAUAUACGCGUUAUUGUCAUCGCCGUCGUGUAAUAUUUUACGAUCUCUACGGCGGACGAGAAAUGCCACCGGACGACGACGACGACGACGACGAGAUCGCACGGGCCCGCGGAAACCGGUCGCCACCGACUCCUCCGCCGCUGAUGUCGCGCGAGGCGGCCGCCGCGUCGUUCGAGCUGCAGUUGAAGCGCGCGGCGUCCAGACUCGGCGCACGUGUCGUCGGCCGACUGCAGAAGACGAUCGGCGAAGACCGCGGCGACCCGUCUCCGCCGACGGCCGUAGCGGGCACGACGACCGCAAACGAAAAGCAGCACAACACCGCUGCCGACGUCGACUUUCGAAUACCAUCACCGCCCCCACCGCCGCCACUACCGCCGCCACUGACGCCAAAUGAACAUAUCGAGAAUCAGAACUCUUCAAUCAAAAUGCAUGUUGAACGUAGGACACUAAACACUGUCGAUUUUGUGUUAGCCUAUAAAAGGCAACGAAAGAUCGCCGAAAACGAUAAUAAACUAGACGACGAGACUGAAAGGCGAAAGUUUUAUCAUGAAUUACAAGCACAUGGGAUUUUAGUAAACGUCGACGACGAUCCAACGUGUUCACUAGAUGCAGGCCGGACGUGCUUUGCCUUGCUACAGCUAUCGCAACGACUCUUAAGAUGUAAUUGCCGGUGUCAUACAACCAAUAAAAGUAAUAGCGGUAAAAGUGAAGAUAAACAAAAAGUUUUCAAUUCGAAAGAUGUUAGUUAUCAACAGUAUUCAAAUGGCAACGGUAAUCACGAAAAACAUAAUGAAAAAUUAACAUCUGCUCAACGGGCACAAAUCGUGUGGCACAUCCUACUCCGAAUUGGUUCUGGUAAUCAACAGAACGUGAAUGUUAUGAGUCUUGAACAACUACUUGAGACCGAUAUAAUUUCUGCCGCCUAUCCAAUACAUGACGGUAGUAUUAAACUCGAAAAAGGAGAAGACGUGAACAACAUCAAUGACAGACGGGUUCUUUACGAAAAAUGGGCUAGGCCAGGUUUGAUCAUACCCCGACAAUGGAAAUCCGAUGAAAACAUUACUGCUCUUAUCCGAAAGUAUUACGGCAUUCCAGUAGCUGUUUAUUUCUGUUGGCUUCGGUACUAUACGAUAUGGUUAGUAGGUCCUGCUAUAGCUGGACUAGUAUGGUUCCUUUACGGAUUGAUAACGACUCGUAGCGAUGUUCCAACUCAUGACAUUUGUAAUCCAAAAUCACAAGUAGCCGAUUGGAUCCUGUGCCCGACUAGGAGGUGCAAUAUAAGUUUUUGCGGCUUCACGAGAGUACUGGACACUUGUGGACUAUACAGAUGGACGUCAGCUGCGACUUUCGAUAGACCGGGCGCGGUCGUGUUUGCGGUUUUCAUGGCAUUUUGGGCCACGGCGUUUCAACAGUUGUGGGCCACGUACGCUCGGCAGAUGAACGAACGACGCGACGGCGAAACGCGGACGGCGUUUGAAUGUUGCACCGACUGUUCGUGGUCGAGUGCCGAAAAAGCUCCACUACCCACUAGGCAGUCACCGGCAACACGGUCGUCAACACCGCAGUCUCGCGAGCCUCGUCGUCGCUACCCCGCGCAACAGCCGUCCUUCGCUGUCCACGGGUCCAUCGUCCGCCCGACGACGGUUUCGCAGCCGAACGCCGAACGCCGAUCGCCGGCACUAUCGGUGGACGCGAUCCGCCAGUGGUGGACGGCCAAACUGUCGGACGCGUUACGGGCGCUGGCGUUUUUCGCGACACUGGCCACCGUGGCCGCGGUGCCCAUACUGAUCGUCGUGUACCGCGGCCGGGUCAUCGGGUGGCUCAUGAUGGCCGUGUUCCACCAGGACGACAGCGGCAGCGGCGGCGGACAGUCGGCGGCAGCGGCUAAUCGCAACGACGACCGCCACAGGCAACACAGUUUCUUCCUGUUGAACUACGCCAACAGCGGCGACCUGAGCAGUUGGAAGGCGGUCGUGGCCGCCGCGUGCGCCACUUUCGUCCAGCUCACGGCCAUCGUGACCGUCCAUCGCGGGUACAGCGGCGUGGCCCAAUGGCUCACCAAGUACUCGUAUCGCUCGACGUACAACCCGCGGUACCAGAGCCGUUACACCGUCUACAUGUCUUGCUUCGAUUCCGCCAAUUAUUAUUCCAGCUUGAUUUACAUCGCUUUUUUCAAGGGUCGCUUCGUGACUGGACUCGGACAACACGUGGAUAGUUCAUCCAGAUUCACACAUUUUUGGCCCAUUUCUAUGUUUCGGAGUGUAAUACAUCAUAUUAGGGAAGACGUUUGCGAUCCCGCGGCUGCUGGGACGGGAUGCGUACCAGAGUUAUGUACUCAAUUGGCCAUUAUAAUGGUGGGCAAACAGCUGAUAGACAACGUGAUUGAGUUGACGACACCGCUGGCUUUGAAUGUAUGGCGCCGAUGGCGGGCCAAAGAGAGCCGCCGUCGAAAUAAAUUGAAUGGAAAAUUACCGGACACUAAUGUUGAAACACUCAAACACCCAAAACAAUGGCAACUCGACUAUCAGUUGGAAGAUACUGGAUCUUUGGGCCUUUACCAGGAAUAUUCGGAGAUGGUCAUUCAGUACGGAUUUGUGGUCAUGUUUACGACGGCAUUUCCACUGGCUCCGCUGUGUGCUCUAUUAAACAAUGUAUUAGAGCAACGUCUUGAUGCAUACAAAAUGGUAGCGGCUCAGCGACGUCCAGUUCCCUCCUACUACUGUACUAAUAAAAAUUAUAUAAAUAAUAUCGUCAGAGGACACGUCAUGACGCCGUGUUGUGAUAACUGUAACAAAUUGUGCACGUGGACACGAGUGUUGAAGAUUAUGUCAUUAAUUUCGGUCUUAUAUAACGCAUUUAUGAUUGCAUUCACUAGCGACCUGUUACCCAGAUACGUGUACUCUCAAAUCUCGACUGGAACGUUGUCUUCGUUGGAUGGCUACGUAGCUUGGUCUUUAUCCUCGAAGAGAAAUGUAACUGAAUACUAUUAUGGAAAAUUAGAAAACAUAGAUGGACCUGAAACGUGUCGAUACAGGGGAUACGGUGCUGAUGCUGAUUCGGAGCACAGUGACUACAGAAAAUGGCAAGUGUUGGCUGCUCGAUUAGCAUUUGUCGUGAUAUUUGAGCAUGGCGUAAUAGCAUCCAUCGCGGCCCUGGUGUAUUUCAUCCGGAAAACAUCCUCCAAGUACAAAAUUCACACGGAGUCGAAUGUCAAAAUCCCGUCCGAUGACAGAUUGGCAGCCGGUACGUCGGCUGUCAACGGCUCCAGUGUAGGCUCUGCGGCCGUCAUCUAUGCGACAGACGGUUCUUUGGCCGCUGCACACGACGAGACGGAGGAAGUACGGCCUCGGGCCUUCAACGGCGAUCCGAUGGCUGAACCGUCGAACAUGGUAGUGGUCGACAUUGAAAACGAUGACCAAGACAAGUGGACGAAUCACGAAGACUCUGCGCCUUCCAGGAAGCGCUGGCCUGAGGAUACUCUACAGGAUUCGCUACGUUUUGCCGCGACUUGAUCCGCUAUAAUAUUAUAUAAUGUAUAGAAAAUAUUUCGGUAAAUUAAACAGUGAAGAUUAAAAUUGUUUACGACUAAUACUUAAUGUAUAAUACCUAUAAUAUAGUUAAAAAUAAGAAAAAAAAUUUUAUGCUCCAAUUCACCUCAAACGCCCUAGUAAUCACCGUGUUAUGAUACCUUAAAAUAUAAUAUACCUGAGCAUGUGCGUGAUCCGCUAGUAACUGCAUGCUACGAGCUUUUAAAUAAAUUUGAUUCCGACUUUUUCUCCGCAAUUCAAAUUCAGAUUCACGACUGUUUGUGUAUAUCGGCGUGUUUAUUAUAACUCAUCCUUGCAAAGUUGCAAAUAAGUUUUGUUUUUUUUAUGUCAGGAAUUUUUUAAUAUUUUGAUUUUUAGAAAAACUAUACCACGGUCUCUAUAAAUACUUGAAAUAAUUCUGUGAACUUUUCUGGUUAGGUAAUUACCGGUUACUGAACCUACGGUUUAUGUACCUAUAAAUUAUAAAAUUAUGAUAAGUAUUUUUGUAGGUUUUGUCCUUAUUUUUUAGUUACGAGAAGAUGCUUUGAAUCUCAUCAUACGUAUCGACAUUUGAUGGAAUAUAACCGUUAUAGCAACGAAAAAGUUAUGUAUGUUCUGUCCCCGAUUGUAUUAAAACCUAUUGUACCUAUUAUAGAUGUUUUAUUAAAUAAAUUGGUAUUAAUUUUGUCA